AUGGAAAAAGCAACUUCAGAUUAUCCGCCAAAAUCUCCGGAGGAUGUGGCCGAGGCUCGUCUGGAGGAGCUCGUGGACAGGAGCCUCGUCUUGGUUCACAAGCGGAGGUCGGCUGGCGGGAUUAAAACCUGCAGCAUCCACUCUGCCGUGUGGCAUCUGUGUGUUAAUGCUGCCGACAAAGAUGGGUUCUUUUGUGCUGUCACUCGGUACACAAAGGGGAGGAAGGCUUCUCUGCCUACAACCGCAAGCAUUGGCCGCCGGCUUUGCAUCCGGAAGAACAUCCUUCUUUCAAUCAAGGACGUCAAUCGUGCCAUGUUGUCGGUCUCGAAAGCCCGCUCUUUUUUCUGCAGUGGUCGGGACCAUCCGUAUCCUUUAGCCGUUUGCUCGGAUUUCGGUUUGCUCAGGGUACUGGACGUGCUCUCCAUACGCUUCUACGGGUUCCCCGUGGAAAUACUAAAAUUAGUCCAGUUACGAUACCUUGCGCCUCACAGGGAGGCGAUCUUCCGCAUCCACCUCCUCACGGACCUCUUGACACUUUCGAAUGUGACGAACCAUAGUUGUGCUGAGGACGUGCUGAGAGGAACUCCGAACCUGAAGAAAUUAGGAGUUUGCAUCGAGGUGUCGGAGCACGAUCACGCUUCUGAUCCCUCAGCGCGUUUUCGACCAUCUGGCGCUUCUCGACCAGCUGGAGUCAUUCAAAUGCGCGGUCGUGAAUCCGAGUCCCCGUUCGAUGGCAGGCCCGUUUGGGAAGUUGGCGAAGAUGAGUUUAGGGAUCUGAGGUUUCUGCAGCUGGAGGACUUGGACUUGGAGGAUUGGUCGGGCGGUGGCCUGAUUCUGAAGAGGCUCGAGCGACUGAUCGUUAGGCACUGCUACAGGCUGAGGGAGAUUCCUGAGGGCAUCGACUACGUCAUAUAUUUGCAGGUGGUGGAGGUAGUUGACUGCAGCCCGUCGUUGGUGGGGUCGGCCAUGAGAGUGAAGGAGAUGCAGCAAGACAUGUCGAAUGAUGACUUUCAAGUUGUGGUCGAGUAG